CUCUUGCGUAGAUCCUCAAAUGGCGAUUACAGCAGCAUCGGCGGCGAUUGGCAUAUCAAAGCUCUUUCCCACUUCUGCUUCUUCAAACCCUCAAAACCCUACUUCCAAAACCCCUUUUCUCAUAUCUCGAACUCAAAACCUCUCUUCUUCCUCUUCCUCCCAUCUAUCCGGCGGUGGUGACAGCAAGCUCCUCUCCAAAGCGGUUUCCAGCUGCAAGAAAACCGUUCCCGGUUUCAGAUCUCCGAUCUUGGUUUCUCCGAAGGCCGUUUCCGACUCCCGGAACUCUCAGACCUGUCUCGAUCCCGAUGCUAGCAGAAGUGUAUUGGGAAUUAUACUUGGAGGCGGAGCUGGUACCCGCCUGUACCCUCUCACCAAAAAGAGAGCAAAGCCUGCUGUUCCUUUAGGAGCCAACUAUAGGCUAAUUGAUAUUCCUGUUAGCAAUUGCUUGAACAGUAACAUAUCAAAGAUCUAUGUUCUAACACAAUUCAAUUCUGCAUCUCUUAACCGCCACCUUUCCCGUGCAUAUGGAAGUAACAUGAGUGGAUACAAGAAUGAAGGGUUUGUUGAAGUUCUUGCUGCUCAGCAGAGCCCUGAGAAUCCAAACUGGUUCCAGGGAACUGCUGAUGCUGUGAGGCAGUAUUUAUGGCUGUUUGAGGAACAUAAUGUCAUGGAAUUCCUAGUUCUUGCUGGAGAUCAUUUAUAUCGUAUGGAUUAUGAGAGGUUCAUUCAAGCACACAGAGAAACUGAUGCAGAUAUCACUGUGGCUGCAUUGCCAAUGGAUGAAAAACGUGCAACUGCAUUCGGUCUGAUGAAGAUUGACGAAGAAGGUCGGAUUAUUGAAUUUUCCGAAAAACCUAAAGGCGAGCAGCUUAAAGCAAUGAAGGUUGACACUACCAUUUUAGGCCUUGAUGAUGAGAGAGCAAAAGAGAUGCCUUAUAUUGCAAGUAUGGGUAUUUAUGUGGUCAGCAAAGAUGUGAUGUUGCAGUUGCUUCGAGACAAGUUCCCUGGAGCCAAUGAUUUUGGAAGUGAAGUUAUUCCUGGUGCAACUUCCAUUGGAAUGAGGGUACAAGCCUACUUGUAUGAUGGCUAUUGGGAGGACAUUGGUACAAUUGAGGCUUUCUAUAAUGCGAAUUUGGGGAUCACCAAAAAGCCAGUUCCAGAUUUUAGCUUCUACGAUCGUUCUUCUCCAAUCUAUACACAACCUCGGUACUUGCCACCUUCCAAGAUGCUUGAUGCUGAUGUUACGGACAGCGUCAUCGGUGAGGGUUGUGUCAUCAAGAACUGCAAAAUCCACCAUUCUGUUGUUGGGCUUCGUUCUUGCAUUUCGGAGGGUGCGAUCAUUGAGGACACAUUACUGAUGGGGGCUGAUUACUAUGAGACGGAUGCCGACAGGAGAUUUCUGGCAGCGAAAGGUAGCGUCCCCAUUGGCAUAGGAAAGAACUCUCACAUCAAAAGGGCUAUCAUCGACAAGAACGCUCGAAUCGGAGAUGAUGUGAAGAUCGUCAACCAGGAUAAUGUCCAAGAAGCGGCAAGAGAAACAGAUGGGUACUUCAUCAAGAGCGGCAUCGUCACCAUAAUCAAAGAUGCGUUGAUACCAAGCGGGACCAUCAUAUAAAGACAAAGCCCCACCUUUUGCUUCACUUAGUAAGAGGAGGUAAAAUAAGGGAGAGUCCUUCUCUUAACUUAUGUUAUCU